AAACAGAUGUUUUGGGAAAAGUGGGCUGGGCACUUUUAGUUUUAUCCCGUACCCUUCUGUCGUACGUUAGGCGAGAGUCGUACGCCUAUCGAGUUGGAAACAGAGUGAAAGGGGGCGGAGCAGAAGUCGGUUCGACCGCAGUUUUCCGAAUCAACCAGUUUUCCGUAAAUCGCCAAAAAUGAGGUAUAUUUUGCUGAACACUUUAGUAGGCGGUAUGUCGUUCGCCGUGGUCGUCAUCGCGUUCUUUUACACGGUCAUCCUGGGCAAAGGGGAAACCCUCAGCAUCGGGUGGUUCCUCGAGGCCACAUCCCCUUACAUGUGGUGCGCAUUGGGGAUCGCCUUGUCCGUCUCUCUGUCCGUGGUGGGUGCAGCUCUGGGCAUCCACACGACUGGAGUUUCCAUCAUCGGGGGUGGUGUGAAGGCACCUAGGAUCAAGACCAAGAACCUCAUCUCAGUCAUUUUCUGUGAAGCGGUGGCCAUCUACGGCCUCAUCACGGCCAUCGUACUCUCCGGAUACCUGGAAAAGUUCGAUACGGACAAAGUCCUUGAAAAUAAUGCCAAGCAGUACAUCUGGCUCUCUGGCUAUGUCAUGUUUGGGGCUGGCCUCUCCGUCGGAUUGGUCAAUCUAUGCUGUGGCAUCGCAGUUGGCAUCGUCGGCUCUGGUGCAGCCCUCUCAGAUGCGGCCAAUCCUUCUCUUUUUGUUAAAAUCCUCAUCGUCGAAAUUUUUGGCAGUGCUAUCGGUCUCUUUGGCCUUAUCGUCGGCAUGUAUAUGACGUCUAAAAUUAAAAUGAACGUCUCUGGCAAAUAAGUUGUCUUAUAAUGAUUUUUAACUAAAGAAAAUAAGUAUGGUGAAAAGUACUUAAAAUUAUAAAUAUAAUACUAUCUGAUGGAUUUUAAUUAAUACACCUCCCAGCCAUUGAUCAAAAACCUUUUAAAGAAGGUUUUUUUAUCAACAAAAAAAAAUCUGUAGACAUUUUUAGAAACCAAUCUUCAUUUAAUUUGUAAAAUACUUCACAUUCCCUUAAUUUUAUGUAUCGUUACAAUUUCAUGUUUUAAAAACAGAAAUAAAAGAUGUAAAAAGUUCAGUUUUUUGUUGUAUAAUAAUUCUAUUUGUAUAUAAAUAUUAGAAAAGUAUUAUAUAUGAUUUAGUCUUCUGUAUACUGUAUAGUUGUAUGUAUAGAUCGUAUAUGUAUCAGUUGAACACUGCAACUCCUCAAUCUCUCCUCGAGAAAAUUGUAAAUGCAAUGUUGAUUACAAUAAUAAAAACAAUAUUCCAAUAUAAAA